CAGAUAGUUUUUUCCGGUCUUAAGAUUUCUGGCAGCACCCCUGAAUAACCCGGAUGUAGUUUCAAGUGGAGUGGUGUGUUUUCUUGUACGAUAAAUCGACCUCCAAUUUUAAAAGUAUUGGAAGAGCAGUUUGCAUUUUUGCUGUAAUUAUAACGUGCAGUCAAAAGUUCACAUAUAAGUAGGAUUACUUUGGCCCCAAUUAUGUCGGUCGUUCCACCCAACCGAUCGUCCACCGGUUGGCCCCGUGGAGUCAAUCAAUUCGGGAAUAAAUACAUCAGCCCGCCGGCCAAACCUCUUUCCCUGGAGCGAACCAUCAACCUGUACCCUCUAACAAAUUACACAUUUGGCACAAAAGAACCUUUGUAUGAGAAAGACAGUUCUGUAGCUGCUCGGUUCCAACGGAUGCGCGAGGAGUUCGAGAAGAUUGGAAUGAGACGAACCGUGGAGGGAGUCCUCAUCGUACACGAACACAGACUGCCUCACGUUCUUCUGCUGCAGCUCGGAACAACUUUCUUUAAACUACCAGGGGGAGAGUUGAAUCCAGGUGAAGAUGAAGUCGAAGGCCUAAAACGUUUGAUGACAGAGAUUUUGGGGAGGCAAGACGGAGUGAAGCAGGACUGGGUGAUUGAUGACUGCAUUGGAAACUGGUGGAGGCCAAACUUUGAGCCCCCACAGUAUCCCUACAUUCCAGCACAUAUAACCAAGCCCAAAGAGCAUAAAAAACUGUUCCUGGUCCAGCUACAGGAAAAAGCACUGUUCGCCGUACCUAAGAACUACAAACUGGUGGCAGCACCUCUGUUUGAACUGUACGACAAUGCUCCUGGCUAUGGGCCCAUCAUCUCCAGUCUCCCACAGCUGUUAAGCAGAUUUAACUUUAUUUACAACUGAGGUAUACAGAUGGUAUGGGACCAACUGAGCAUCUCUGUGAGAGGGGGUGGGAGUGUGGUGUCUGUACUGUAAAACUCAAUGGAGUUCUUGGAAGCUAAAAAAAAGAAAGAAAGGAAGCAAAGAAAGACAGCACUGCUACACAUACUUUUUUUUCAGCUUUUAGUUGGAUUUUAAUUUGUUCCCCACCCCCUCUUAAAGAAACACUUCAUCCUGGUGUGCUAAAAUCUGGUUUCUGUGAAUUCGUUGUAUUUCUAUGUUUGAUCAGGAGAAAAUAAAAUGUUUGUAGUAAAAAAUGUGUGCACUGCAAUAUUUUGCUUUUACGUCUUUGUACAUCUGUCAUUCCAUUUUUUUAAAUAAACAAUUCCAUGGGA